UACGAUCUAGAAACUUCCGUCUUCUAUUGUCUCCUCUGUCCUCUCCCCAAAUUAAAAACUCAAGAAAACCUAGAAAUUUCCGAAUCAUCCGAGACAAGAAGAAGAAGAAAGUGAGAAAAAAUGAUGAAGCGUCUGAUGCCAACGUUCAACCGGAUCCUGGUUCAGAAAGUGAUCCAGCCUGCUAAAACCGAAAGCGGCAUUCUCCUCCCCGAGAAAUCCUCCAAGCUGAACUCAGGCAGGGUGGUAGCUGUUGGACCUGGAUCAAGGGAUAAAGACGGGAAAUUGAUUCCGGUCUCUGUGAAGGAAGGCGACACUGUUCUUCUUCCAGAGUACGGCGGCACACAGGUCAAGCUCGGCGAGAACGAGUAAGUUUGAAACCUACUUCUUUCUUU